AUGGCGAACACGUUUGCUGUGUGCAUGACAGCAAGAGCUGCAGCUGAAGGAGGAGCGGAGGACAGAGAUGUUGAAGAGGACAAUGUUGGUACUGUUAGUAAAUGUUCAAGUCAUCGAAAAGGUACGCGGGAAUGUGCCACGUCCACAAGUCGUUUUCAGCUAGAUGUACCCCGGCGACACGUGUUGACACGUCCAUUGAAAUUCGAGUGGGCCAUAGUAGACAUUAAAAUCGACGACUCAUUAAUAGAUGGCUUGUAUGAAGGCGGACGAAACGACCAAACGUUACAACAGGUUAUUCAGGAAAAAAGUCCUCGACAAUAUGUGCCAGUGGUAACGCCAUGCGCUAGUCACCCUUGUUUAAAUGGGGGCGUAUGUCAAGAACUUGGAAACAAUAUGUAUAAAUGUUACUGUCCGAAUGGUUGGACUGGCAAUUUGUGCGAAAGGACUCGAGAUCCAUGUGCGAAGAAUCCUUGUCUGAAUGGGGGACAGUGCGUCACUUCAAGCGCUGCAAGUUUCUUCUGUCUAUGUGUGAAUGAUUACAAGGGAAGUCACUGUGAGACCCCUGCCUAUGUGAGUCGAUGCGAUGGCAAGCCGUGUCAGAAUGGCGGCAGUUGUUAUGAUCUUGGCAACAAACGAUAUCACUGCCAGUGUCCGGAAGGUGUUUAUGGGGAAAACUGUGACAUCAAACCACAAAUUGAGCAAAAGUCAGUUGGAUUUUCUGGUGGCCAUGGUAGCGACGGCAACUAUAGAAGGGUGCACAUUAUGCCAUACGAGAGACAACAAGCUCACCCUACAAUGUCGUACACAACAACAGCGAUGCCCACAACACGUGGUACACUGCCGAUCACGUACAGACCAUCUGUCGCUUCCACCGGUACUUGCUUCACAUUCGGACAGACCCAUUACAGCACAUUUGACGGCAAACUCUACAGUUUCAAGUGUCCCUGUAGCUACAAACUUGUGGCGGACUGCGUGGCAAACACAUUCAACGUGUACCUGAGCAAUGACCCGGACUGCGACGGCACAUAUGUGUGUCGGCGAUCGCUCUUACUCGACAACGGGAACGCGGCAGACAACAUUCUACUCGUUCAGACGGAAAACGGACCCAGCGCUGUCGCCGACGACGAGUUGUUGACGAUACCUGCUUACAUUAACGGCGCCCUCAUCGAACAAGUGGGUGGCUACAUUGUUGUGAAAAGCGGAGCCGGUUACCGUCUUCGUUGGGACGGUGACGAGUACGUCGAUGUCGUCAUCACUAGUAGCUCAAUGUUUGGUAAGACGUGCGGACUGUGUGGUAUCUAUAACGACGAUCCCGCCGAUGACUGGACAACUUCAACGGGCGUUCUUUCUGACAGUGUUUACACGUUUGCCAAGUCAUGGGAAGUCGUCGAUAACAACGGUCAAUGCGUCGAGGGUAUACGGGACCCAGCUACAUUGUGCACUGAGCAAGCCAGGCAGGUGCGGUCUAUGGGUGUCUGCGAUACCCUGUUAUAUCCGCCAUUCGAUGCGUGCCACCAGCACGUCGAUGUUGUUGAUUACCUCGAAGCCUGUGAAACUGAUGUUUGUCUGUCGGCAGAAUGGAGAGACGACGCAGCAUGUAACGCUAUAUCUGCGUAUUCCAGAACAUGCGCCAGGGUUGGAGUGCCAAUCAAUGGCUGGCGAUCACCAGGUUUCUGCUACAUUAACUGUACAGCCGGCAUGGUUUAUGACGACUGUGGUUCAAUGUGUCCCAAGACAUGCAGUAGAAAAGAAUAUAUAUGUGAAUAUGGUCACUGCGUGGACGGGUGUCACUGCCCAGAUAAUACAUACUUGCAGAAUGGCGAGUGUGUGGAAGAAUUCGAGUGUGAAUGUAGCUACCAUGGACAGAAUUACGCCCCUGGUACGUGGAUAUCCCAGGAUUGCAAUGAAUGUCAAUGCAUCAACGGGAGAUGGGAAAACUGCACUCAAAACCAAUGUGAAGCUAAGUGUUCAGCCACCGGUGACCCUCACUACACCACAUUCGACGGAACGAUGUACGACUUCAGUGGCGACUGUCACUACUCGAUGGCACAGAAUUGCUUCGUGGAAGACCACGAGUACAAGAUAAAUGUGGAAAACUCAGAUUGCAGUGCAAGUGGCGGCGUAUGUACACGAGCUGUGCAUGUUUAUUGGGGGUUUCACCACGUGAAACUAAAACAAAAUCACGAAGUGCUUGUAGACGGUAACGAUGUCUUCUACUUCCCACAUUACCAGCAUGGAGUCUUUAUUGAACGCGUCACCUCAAUUUUCACUAAGCUAUCACUUCCCAAUGGAAUUAGGAUAUUAUGGGAUGGCGAUACACGUGUAUACAUCACUGUCAGCCCGGAUCACCUUUCCAAGACGUGCGGUUUAUGCGGUACAUUUAAUAACGUACAAGCAGAUGAUUUCUACACUAUGGCAGGUGAUAUUGAAAUCGGCCCCGAGACGUUCGGUAACAAAUGGAAAGCGGACUCCAACUGCAUGGAUGUGAACACAGACACCACCGUCAAAAUGCACCCGUGUGAUCUCUACUCUCAGAAAGCCGGUAAUGCCCGUGAUAUCUGUCGACGUCUGAAAUACGAUCCGGUAUUUCAAGUUUGUCACGAAGUGGUCAACCCAGACUCAUUCUAUGACAGCUGCUUGUAUGACUACUGCAAAUGCUCGGAUGUCGAAGGGAAUUGUCAUUGCACGAUUAUGGCCGACUAUGCGCAUAAGUGUGCCGAUAGAGGAGUUGUUAUUGAUUGGAGACAGCACACCCCAGGAUGUGAAAUACUGUGCAGCCACGGCAUGAUCUUCCAGCAGUGUGGAAGCUCGUGUGGAACGUCGUGUACUGCUCUGUCUCACGGUCCGGAGGAAUGCUACGAAGAGUGUGUCGAAGGUUGCACUUGCCCACCCGGAGAGGUUAUGGGAUAUCCAUCAAAAUUCGAUUUCAGGAUUAUGUUGGAUCAGAUAACUCACGAAUUGCACAAAACCCAAGGCUCGUAUGAUGGUUUUAUGCAGAUCAUGAAAACAUGUGCAUCAACGGAGACUGGCAGUGCAGCGAAUGCUCUGAGCAACAAAGCUGCGGAACAAACGAAGUGCACACAAGCUGCGCAUCUACCUGUCCGCGCACUUGUGCUAACAACUACAACUAUGUACAGUGCGAGGAAGACAUCUGUGAGCCCGGGUGUGAGUGUCGACCAGGGUAUGUGUGGUCCUCGGAGGGUUGUGUAUUACCAGAAGAGUGUCCAUGUCUACACGGAGGCCGCGAAUAUCCAAUUGGAGGGAACAUCAAAAUCGAUUGCAAUAUAUGGUGUCGCUACGUUGUACGGCGAUCCACAUUAUAUCACGUUUGACGGCAAGACGUACGACUUUCAAGGCGCGUGCUCGUACAUUGUUACCAGAAGCACGGCGUCCAACGUCUAUGAAUUCAGCGUUGCUUCAGAAAACGUACAGUGCGGUACAAGUGGGGUUACGUGCUCGAAAACCGUUACCAUGACAAUAGGAAGUGGAAAGAAUCAACAUAGGCUGACUCUGACACGAGGAAAACCGCCUGAAAUAACUUACGGAGAAAGCGCAUUUAACAGGAUGACCGUCACAGAAGUCGGCUUAUAUGUGUUUGUCCAUACACGAAUAGGAGUCACUCUGCAGUGGGACAAUGGGACGACGCUCUAUGUAAAACUGGACCCAAUCCACAAAGGACGAGUUGAGGGCAUGGCUGGUAACUACAAUGACAACCAGAACGACGACACCAUACCACCAUCAGGGGGCUUCGCUUUGGAGAAACCCGACGAAUUCGGAAACAGUUGGAAAACGUAUGACUACUGUCCGGAUGCGCCGGUCAUAGAAGAUACCUGCGCCCUGCACCCGGAGAGACAGACGUGGUCUCGAAAACAGUGCAGCAUAUUGAAAUCGGAAGUAUUCCAACCCUGCCACGCCAGUGUACCUUACGAACCAUGGCUAAAAAGGUGUGAGUUUGACGCCUGUGGAUGCGAUAUGGGUGGCGACUGCGAAUGUCUGUGUACGGCUAUUGCAGCCUAUGGUCAAGAGUGCAACAAACAUGGAGUGCCGAUAAGAUGGCGAACACAAGACCUAUGUCCUAUACAGUGCGAAGAAUGUCUCAUCUACAACCCGUGUUUACCCGUCUGCAAGGCAACAUGUGAACACCAGCACCGGCAAGACGAUAACGGCGCAUGCGUAGAUGUGUGUGUCGAAGGUUGCCAGUGCCCCGAGGGAGAAAUAUGGAACGGAAACGAAUGCGUCACCGAGUGUCCACCGCCUGGAACAUGCCCACCUGGGUGCCCAACACCCCCAGCAUGUCCACCGGGUUGGGAGUUAGACACCGGGGGUAAUACUGGCUGCUGUCCGCUGUACAAAUGCAAGCCUAUCGCACCGACAUCCGCACCACCUGUGAUAACGACCAGACCUCUGCCGACGUCGGUGACACCGAUUGUGACGACGGCGUAUACAGAACGACCAACUUCGACUUUGUCCCCAUCCUGUCCGACAUGUCCACCCAUUCCAACGUGUCCAGAAGGCCACGAACUCAACUAUGGAGGGCGCGAUCCUCUUAAUUGUUGCGAUUUGUUCGUAUGUUUGACACCGCCACCAACGACCUCCAGUACUGGGAUUACACCAACAACUAUACACACAGUAUGGACCACCACCACCUCGCCGAUGAUCACAACAUCAGCAUAUCUUCCGACAACAUGUCCACCGUGUACGAUUCCUACCUGCCCGCCCGGCUACUACCCAUUCCCUUAUGACUAUGAUGGAUGCUGCAGUGACUACGAAUGCCGAGCGCCAACAACAACACCGUCAACUACUCUCCAGCCGACUACUGGACAACCCUCAUGCCCACCUACAUGUCCUCCGAUGCCCACGUGUCCAGAAGGAGAAGAAUUGACAUACUACAAUGACGGAUGUUGUAACUACUCAGCCGGGUGCUGGCCUAUUUCGACCACUCCUCCAGGCUGUGUAUGUGAAACGAGUCCUCCAUGUCCGACCGGUGCUGCGACAGUGACCAGUGGAUACGACGAGUGUGGCUGUCCAAUUUACGAGUGCUUACUAGAAGAAACCCCAGGAACUACAUCGCUACCAAUAAUCACGUUACCCACAAAACCUGUGGUAACAACCACUGGGCCACCAACAACUACAGGACCACCAACAACUGCUAGACAACCAAUAACUACUGGGCCAACAACUACUGGCGCACCAAGUACGACUGGUCCAGCAACUACUGGGUCAACAACUACUGUAGCACCAAGUACGACUGGACCAACAACUACUGGCGCACCAAGUACGACUGGACCAACAACUACUGGAGCAGCAAGUACGACUGGACCAACAACUACUGUGCCAGCAACAACUACUGGGGCAGCAACAACGACUGGAACAACAACUACUGGAGCACCAAGUACGACUGGGCCACUAACAAGUGCUAGAUCAACUACUGGGCCUCCACUAACAAGUGUAUCUGAAACAUCUGGAGUGACAACAACAGGACCCCCACUCACAAGCACGACUUCAGGUGGACCGGUAUGCCCCCCUUGUCCAUCAGAACCAGAGUGUCCUCCUGGGCAAGAACCUGUUAUUAUUGGAGAAGGUCCUUGCUGUACUAUAUGGGAUGGAUGUAGAGGUAAGUAG